AUUUUGUUUGAUGGUAUUCACAUUCACUAUUUUCAAAAUAUGACAGACCUCGGCGACCAGGGUUCAUCAUGGUGGUCGGAACUGCUGGGCAGCAACAAAGAUCACCUUACUCUUGCAGUAGUUGCCACCAUUUCAGUAAUGAGCCUUGCUAUUUUAUGGCGGAGAUGGAAGUCUUCAAGCUCUUCAGGUGCACCAUCAUUGCCACCAGGUCCUCGUUCCUUGCCGAUUGUAGGUUACCUUCCAUUUCUUGGUCGUGACUUACACAAACAAUUCCGUAACAUGGCUCACACUUACGGACCGAUUUUCAAGUUUCACUUGGGAAGCAAACUUCAUGUCGUCAUAAAUACACCUGACCUAGUAAAGGCUGUGGUCCGUGAGCAAGAUGACAUAUUUGCUAACCGCAAUCCAACAGUUGCUGCCUUAGCAACUUCCUAUGGAGGCGUAGAUGUAGUAUGGUCUGAUAACAGCUCAUAUUGGCGUAACCUUCGUAAGAUAUUUGCCCAUGAAGUUCUAAGCAACAAGAAUCUUGAGGCGUGCAGGUUUUUUCGAAGGGAUGAAGUUAGGAAAACUAUAAAAAACAUUUAUAGUAAAACUGGGACGGCAAUUGACAUUAGCGAGAUUGCUUUCUCAACAGAGGCUAACGUCCUCACAAGCAUGGUUUGGGAAAACACUUCAGAUCCAAACGCAAAAGGUAGCCAUUUUGGAGCAGAGUUGAAGAGGAUUUCUUCAAAUAUCGUUGAGACUCUCGGACAGCCGAAUCUCUCUGAUAUCUUCCCUAGUCUUGCAUGGCUUGAUCUACAGGGCAUCUUAAGGAAGUCGAAGAGGCAACUACAUCAGUUGGAUCAAAUUUUCACAAGCAUUAUCGACGAUCGGAUCAUAUCUAACUCCAAAAAGCCGAAGGAUUCAGCUGGGCAUGAAGGAAAGAAAGAUCUUUUACAGAUCUUAUUAGAGCUUGAGGACCAAAAAGAUGCAACAUCGAUUAGCAUCACCCAGAUUAAGGCGUUUCUCCUGGACAUUAUGGUUGCAGGAACAGAAACAACGACAACGCUGAUAGAAUGGGCAAUGGGAGAGAUCAUGCAAAAUCAUGACAUAAUGAAAAGGAUUCAAAAAGAAUUAGCAGAUAUUGUGGGAGUUGAUAACAUUGUCGAAGAAUCUCAUCUCCCCAAACUACAAUACCUAGAUGCAACAAUUAAAGAAACAUUUCGGUUGCACCCUGUAGUCCCUCUCAUACUCCCAAGAUCACCAAGCCAGGAUUGUAUAGUCGGUGGAUACACGAUUCCAAAAGGUUGUACCGUGUUUCUGAAUGUUUGGUCAAUCCAUCGGGACCCUCUGUAUUGGGACAAUCCGUUAGAAUUCAGUCCACAAAGGUUCUUAACAAACAAAUAUGAUUUCAAAGGAAGCAAUUUACACUUCAUCCCAUUUGGGGCAGGAAGGAGAUUAUGUCCAGGUGUUCCAUUGGCGGAGAAAAUGCAAAUGUAUAUCUUGGCAUCCCUCUUACACUCAUUCGACUGGCGCUUGCCGGAGGGUGAAAAGCAUGACCUCUCUGAAAAAUUUGGAAUUACUCUAAAGAAAAGAGAACCACUCAUCGUUGUUCCUUCACAAAGGUUGCCAAACGAGAACCUCUAUAUGUGAUAUAAGUUUGAAUUCCGCUCUUGAACGGUUUGUUGGUGACAUUUCAUAUAUGGUUCCUUUAGAAAGAGCAUAUGUAUAUGUAUUGUUAUGUUGAUCGAAUGUGUAUGAAUUUCUAGUUUGGGCAA